UAGGGUUCUAACAAGUCUUAACAGUGUCCCAUUUUUUAACCAAAAUAUCUGUUAACUUCCCCACAGGCUAAAACAUUGGUUCUUCUAAUCUCGUGAGCAACCUUUACCAUAUGGCUAAAUCCGAAGCAUGUUGAAACAAAAAUGCGAACCAAUAAGGAAGCAUGUUAGUCUCCCAAAGGCUCAGUUACCAGUCUGGUUCGUAACAAUGGACAUCAACUACGAUCUAAAUAUCGUCUUGACUUAUUUGCUGGGAAUUUCUUACCUUGGGGUUCAAGUCUCCGAAGGAAAACUCACAGUCAUUGGGGAACGACUGCCAGUCAUAAAUGUGAAUCAUAAUCAAUUUUGCGUUUGGGUCCAAAGCCAUUCAUCAGAAGACUACAGUUAUAUGCUACUGGAUUCCGUCCCAAGGAUCAUAACUAAUACGAGUAUGUCGUCGCGUUGCAACAUCGGAUUGAUCAAUGCCAAUGAUGGCGAUGCCCUUCAGAAGUCUAAAGAGCUCAUUUUUGAUCCAUUGAAGACCUUAAUCUUUGUGACAAGUGAUUUGGAAAAUCUUCCAUCUUUCUUCUUUGAGAGAAACAUUCAUUCGAUAUUCGUGGAAUCGAAAAAUUUCUCUGCCUUUAUGUUUGAUUCUCCUUUACACCCCAACCUCGCUCAUUUUGACCCCGCCAAAAUGAAAUCCUUGAAGAUGACCAGGUUCAAAGACAGGAAAAUGAAGGCUGUUACUUUGAAUUUGCCGCCUCAAUCCAUUCUGGACUUUGACACCGGGAUACACCGAGGGUUCGAGUACUUGAUCGCUGCGGGUGUCACCAAUGCGGUUGGCCUUUCCUUGGAAGUUUUUGUUCCUCGAGAUGGAGAAUGGUGGGGUAAUGAGAGCCCACCAGGCAGCGGUAAUUACACGGGUCUCUUGGGCGAGUUUGUGUCAGGAUAUGCCGAAAUGGGUUGGGCCAACUUAUUUUACAGUGCCCAUAGAACCAAAUUUAUGACCUUCACCGAUUGGUAUUUGAGCGACCAGGCUUGCUUUCUUGUUCCAAACCCGAAUCCCUAUCCCAAAAUCCUCGCCCUUGUCUGGCCUUUUGACCAAUUCACAUGGCUUUGUACAAUCAUAUCUCUUGUGGUGUUCUCCGUGUUACUUCUAUUGUUCCUGCAAUCCCAAUUCUACCUUGAAGCAUCAUUGAAGAAUUCGAAUUGGGCUAUGCUAAUUUUGGCGGUGGUUUUCAAGCAAUCGGAUUUAACCUUCACCAGGAUUCAACAUUUGGGCAUUCGGCUGAUGGCAUUGACCUUGAUUUUGGGGAUGCUCCUAUUGGGAACAAGCUACGCAGCAGCUUUGAUCUCGUUUCUGACCAUCAACGUCCAUCCAGAUCCACCCCGUACAAUUGAAAGACUGAACAACUACAUAACAGAUCGAAAUUUGGAUGUCUCAUUUUGUUGUUCGAACAUGAUGGAUGCCAUUCGAGACCGCAAGGAUUCAGACGUCGUGUCGAGCAGAAUGAAGAGAGACUACGAUUAUUCCGAUCCUUAUCGUAAUGUUAGCAAAGGAACCCACGUGGUUCCCCAGAGUAAGCAAAUGUUGAACUUCGGGAUUCGAGCUGGACUCUCCAAUCAAUUGGGACAAACGAAUGUCUUCAUAUUGGAUGAAUGUUUUCUCUCAUUGCCGAUUGCCCUUGGAUUAAGGAAAGGAAGUCCUAUUAAACCCAUGCUGGAUUACAAACUACGGCAACUUCAAGAAGGUGGACUUGUCCAAAAGUGGAUCACAGACGAAAUCAAUUCCUUCGGAAAGCUCGACACACAGUUUGGGACCGAGGCCAGAGUUUUGGAAUCCUUGACUUUAUUCGACUUACAAGGACCUUUCAUUGUCUAUGGAUUUGCCAUUGGAGUCUCAGGGAUUAUCAUAUUAUUCGAAUGCUUGCUUAAAGCCCAUACAAAGGCGAGAUUGCACUAAUAAUUGGCAGCUUUGCCUUUGCAUUAAGUGUCAAGUAUGAGACCAUCAUUGCUUUUAAGGCCACUACAGUGA